CCAGUAUAUCAAACAUGUCGUUUAGCUUACACACAUAGUAAAAGUGGUGGCAGUGAAAAACCCAUGCGACAUCGGUGUCGACGGGAGAUUCUGUUUCGCUUUGCGAUUCAUUACGACGUCUUGCACAUAUGCUCACACUACCGUACUGUUUGGAUUGUUAUUUGAGAGAGUUAUUGCCACCAAAUUUGCUGCUACCUAUGAGAAAAGCUCCGCGAAGAUUGGCUGCUUAAUUGUCAUCGUAUCGGUAAAAUACUUACUACAAUUCCAAUAUCUUGCACUUAAUUACGUUACUAAAUUUAUGAAUCUUGUUUUUAGUUUCUCGCAGCGGUUGUCCUUUGCUACUCAAAAAUACAUAAAUUCCUCUUCGGUAAGUCGAGGAUUUAUUGCUCAUCACUUACUGGAGAAACAUAUUUCGAUGUUAUCGCCGUUCAUUCGACAUUACUACCAAAAGUAUCAGGCAACGGAGAACCUACGAGUACUGCAGUUAUUCGGCCCAUUGCUAGUAUUGCAUUUCAUUGCUUAUCCGACCUACUUUGGCGUCAGUGUGCUUGUGCAAUCCAUAAAGAAUAUCGUUGGCAACGAAAAUUUUCGACUGAUAUAUUCUAUUUUAUACGUGAGUGGUAAUUUUAUUAAUUUUUGA